CAUGAGGGAAAAGAAGAGAGAGCAGCACGCCGCCGAUACAUAGGUCAGAGUCUCGCUCUGCUCAAGCUUACUUUGGCUCCGGCUGCUCUUUCCUUAGACACGAAUGCCACCUGAUAUUCCCCCACACCACGUGUCUACCUUACCAUCUACAAACCCUAUGACUCUUCUCCAGAACCUAUAUAUCAUCAUCAACAUCAGCCCGCAAGCCUAGAAGGAACCCCCCUCCCCAACCUACCGAUGCUAGACGGCCCCGCCGUGUCGCGCGCGCUGCCCAUCCGGGGACGGAAACCCUCCCUAACCCCCUCCACCACCUCCAGCCUCGACGACGGCUGUCUCGCAUUGUGCAGCUUCGCGAAAGCAAAAGACAAGACCGCAACCCUGCACCGCUCGAUCCAAGCAACCCCAACGGCAUCACCACCCCCAUCUCGACCUCACCUGCCGCCGCAAGCCGACAGCGCCGCCACGCCUCCACAGCCAUCCACCAGCACCCGAACCUCGACCUCCCCCUCCACCAUCCGAACCUCGUCAACCCGAACCUCAACACCAACCCCCAAAGCGCACACCCUCGCCCACCCCGGCUCCCUCGCUCCCAUCUCCCACUUGACCGUCUACCCGCCCCUCCCCUCGCCCACCCCCCUUCGCCACCCCUCCGCCCCCCACACCCCUCCCCUCCCCCUCUUCCCCCCCGGCUACUACACGAUCCCCGAGAUCCGCCGCAUCUCCGCGACGACCGUCGACUCGGACAACGACAUGUUCACGGCGCAGGAGUUCCUGGACACGACGCGGCUGUUGCCGACGUACUUGCCGCUGAGGACGCAGUAUCAUGAGCGUGUGAGGACGGUGGAGGAGGUGUGGGAGGAAGGGCUGCCGCGGGAGAGGAGGGGGAGUGAGGGGGAUACUGGGACACAGGCUAGGUUUGCGGAGGUGCCGCUGGAGGAGGAUUGGAGGAAGGGGAGUAUAUUGGGGAGGAGGGAGAGGAUGAGGAGUGUGGCGUGGUGA